GUUGAAGCCCCUUUUCUCUUUUCCCUCGCAAAUCCUCAUCGUCCGUUGCAUUGCACACCCUCAUCAUCUCAAUUGCCAAGUGCAUGCGCCUCGCAGGGCCUCUCCAUAGCGAGUCGGGCUGUCACCAUGCCAUUGCUCUCUUUGCUGUUCGUGUUCUCAGCUCUAUCGAUGCUGCACUGCGCAUCGGAAGGCCUCCACGGUGAGUUCUUCCCAUACGCUUUGCAAAAAGGUGAGAGACAAACAUGAGACACUGGACGGGGGCUGGACUGCCAGCUGCGGCAAUGCAGGUGGGCCCCUUCCAUUGAAUUCAUCGACUCUGUCUCCGCGCCCCUCCCUUCACGACUCACAUGGUGAUAAUCACAUCCUCCACACCGACGAGUUGAAGAAGACGGUCCAGCAACCUGGCUAUUUCGAUGAGAUCCGGCCGCUGCUAUGGGUGACUCCCAUCGCCCCGCAACUUGUCAAGUGGCUGGAGCACUUUGCAUCGAUGGCAUUCGACUGCCUCAUUCGCAGGGACCACGGCCCCAGCACCGAAGAGAGCUCCGAUUCGGGCCUGGUGGCCGCCUUCCACGGCUGCAUCGACUGGCAUUCAGCCGUGCAUGCACACUGGGCUGUCCUGCGAGUCGCCAGGGCCCUUCGGCAGUCUGACGCUCUCUCUGAUGACAUACGCAGGAUGGCGACAACGCUCGAGCGCACACUGACAUCGGAGAGGGUGGACAAGGACACGCUCGAGGGCCUCAGGCGGUAUCGGAGCUUCGAGCUGCCUUAUGGGCGAGCGUGGCUGCUGCUGCUGGUGCGAGAGACCGCUGUUUGGCAUCACGAGGAGCAUGGUGGGCCUGAUGAGUCGCUUGUGUGGCUGUUUAAGCUGGGUGACGAGGUCUUUGACGAGCUGCGGCAACAUUACAGCAGCCCGGCACAUAGCGAGGCAUCCGAGCUGUCGUUCUUGCAAGUGGGAGCAGCGGCAAGGCGGCUGCACGCCAAGGAAAACGACGCCAAUCCAUCGACGCCGAGGAGACACCAUCCUGUUGAAGCGUCAGACAUCGAUGCUGGGCGUGUGCUCGACGUCAUUCGAAGGUAUCGUGUGUCUCACUCGCCGACGCAAGACUCUCCCGCAUAUCACAACGAUGCCUGGGCACUCCUCCAGCUGCUCGAGUAUGCCCGCUUUCGACAGCAGCCGCCGCAUGACAUCCUCGCUCUUAUCGAAAAGCGCUUCCCCUCCCCGCCCACCUACGUCCCCUCCGCCGAGCACGAGGCAUCCGGCUUCUUCUCGCCCUUCUGGUCGCAGUGCUACCUGUGGGCCCAUGCGCUCGACAUAUCUGCACCGGUGUUUCUCCAGGCCCUCGAUCAGAUAAGCGAUGCGACACUGGAGGUGCCACGCGUCAACCAGACGGGGGCCAACGGACACAACCUUGGCAGGGUGUGGAGCCGCGCAUGGGCCAUGGUCAAGACAGCUGCCGCGGCGGCGCACAUCGGCGAGACAGCACGUAAAGUGGGCGCAAGGACGCGUGAAGCGGCCGCGUCUCACGUGAUUGUUGGGCUGAAGCAGCGGUUCAUGGUGGCCGGGGGUGGUGGGGACGAAGCGUACAUGCAGUACGGCCACUGGGUGCCCCAAUUCAGUGUGCUUGCUCUGACGGAGGGCUUGGGAGACACCUCGUCCUGACUGUGUGUGGCAGUUCCGUGAUACGAAG